AUGCAUCUCCAGAAUGGAACCAACACGAUUUGUUCAUCAUCAUCGGAAGAAGAUUUGGGGAAGAUAGCGAGUGGUGUAGAAUGGAAGGAAUGUAAAUGGUGGGAAAAUAAGGAAGAGAAUAUCGAGCAUUUGGCAAAUUAUUGUUCCUCUUCCGAUCAAUUAAAAGUAUUACAAUUUAAUAUUUUGAAUGAUGAUUUGGUGAAUGAAACUCUUACUGAAAAAAUUGCUACCCAUAAGAGAUUUGAUUAUAUUGCUCAUAAAUUGUUGCCAAAUUCAAAUGCAGAUGUGAUUUGUUUGAAUGAGGUGGGAAAUGGAUUUUUGAAGAAAUUAUUGGAUGAAUGUUCUGAUGGUUGGAUGAAAGAUGGAAAGUAUUUCUAUAUUUCUCAUUUGGAUCAAGAAAGAUUCUUUGAUAUUCCAUCUAAUAAGGUCAUUCCUGAAGAGCAACAAAAGGUAUCAAAAAAGAAUGCAAAGAAAGCUGUUGAUGAUGCUACUCAAAUGACAGUGGAGAAGGCUUCAUUUGUUAAUUUGGUUAUUUCAAGAAUUCCAUUCACUCAAUCUCAUAAUUAUUACUAUCAGAAUGAUUUAGUUUACUCUAGGAGACCUGCUAAUGUUAUUACUCUCGCCAAUCAAAUGGUAAUGGUCAAUUUGCACUUGAAAGCUUACAAAGAAUGCCAUCCUAUCAGAAAGAAGCAAUUGAAAUGUAUCUAUUCACUAUUUAGAAUUCCAAGAGUUGAUUUCAAAAUGCAUGAAGAAAAUAAGGAAAGUUCUCAAAGCUCAACAAUUUUGGAGGACGAAAGCAGAUUUACCUAUCAUUUUGGUAUUGAGGAGUUAAAUCCAAAAUCUUUGCUCUUUACUGAGAAGAAGGAAUUUUCAGAAAUUUAUGAAAAUGUAAAAUAUGUAUUGAUGUGUGGAGAUUACAAUCUUAAUCAUGAUUUUGAGGAACACAUGAUUUCUGAUUAUGAUCUAGAGGAUGUAUAUGCCAAACUAUAUCCAGAAAAGAUUGGAUCAAAGACUCUCGAGGAAGAUGCAGAUAUGACAGAAUGA